UCUUGUUUUGUUUUGCCCACGAAAAAAAGGGUUAGCGAUUGGGCAGUUUUGUAAAUUCAUUUGAAUAAAUGAAAUUUCGUUGAAGUGAGAUGGCGUUUGUUAGCAACAACCUCAUGAUAGGAAGUGAGGUAUUUACACUGUUUUCAACAUAAUUUUUUUGUGAUUAACGAACGUACAUGAAUGCUUCGAAAAUUCUCAACGAACAACUGCCUUUCAAUCUAUCGAGCAUAAACAUCAUGACACUGAUCAUCGACUAUCUUACAUUUCAACAGUGAGCAGUGCAGCUUUUGUACUGAUAUAUGCAAUAAAGAAUUCCAUCACACGAUGGUCCCCACUCAACAUCAAGAGCAGAAACUGAAAACUAUCCUACAGAAAUUUAACUGUUUCAUUUCCCAAUUGAGUAGUUAUACAACGUGUGACAAAUGUCGCCAAGAAUUUAUAACCGUUCACAAAAUUCCCGAGAGCUGCUUCCAAAUUUUACCCAACGCCGAACCGUCAGAUAUCAAGAUGGAACCAGAGUUAAUGAUAGAUGACCACGAGCUAUCGGAUAAUGAUAACAUUGUUGAGGUGAGCUUUGCGCCAAUUUCACAGGAAGCCGUAAUGCACAUCAAACAAAAUAAGGGAGAGGUAUUGAUGAAAGACCACAUACAGUUACACUCGGGAAAGAAACCACUCAAAUGUGAAAAAUGUGAUAAAACAUUCAACACAAAAUCAAGACUCAAACUGCACGUACGAAUUCAUGCAGAUGAACGUCCCUAUUCUUGUUUGGUUUGUUCGAAAGCGUUCAAGUAUCAUACAACGCUCAAAAAACAUAUUCUUACUCACACUGAUCAUCCUACUUAUUCUUGUCCACAUUGUCCGAAGGCGUUUUGGAAUCCUUCAACGCGCAAACAUCACAUUCGUUCCCAUACAGGUGAACGUCCGUUUUCUUGUCCACGCUGUCCUAAUGCAUUCGGGGAUCGUGGAACGCUUAAGCGGCACAUUCGAAUUCAUACGGGUGAACGUCCCUAUUCGUGUCCACAUUGUUCCAAAGCAUUUACGAAUUUUACCCCGCUCCAACUGCAUAUCCGAACUCAUACGGGUGAACGUCCCUAUUCGUGUCCACAUUGUCCCAAAGCAUAUAUACAUUCUACACCGCUUCGAAAGCACAUUCGAACUCAUACGGGCGAACGCCCCUUUCCUUGUUCACAUUGUUCGAAUGCAUUUAUGGAUGCUGCAACGCUAAAGAGGCACAUUCAAAUUCAUACGGGUGAACUUCCCUAUUCGUGUCCACAUUGUCCCAAAGCAUAUGUGCAUUCUUCAUCGCUGCAAAAGCACAUUCGAACUCAUACGGGUGAACGUCCCUUUUCUUGUCCACAUUGUUCGAAUGCGUUUAUGGAUCCUGCAACACUAAAGCGGCACAUUCGAAUUCACACGGGUGAACGUCCCUAUUCGUGUCCACAUUGUCCCAAAGCAUUCACGGAUUCUUCAGCGCUUCAACAUCACGUUCGAACUCAUACGGGUGAACGUCCCUUUUCUUGUCCACAUUGUUCGAAUGCGUUUAUGGAUCCCGCAACGUUAAAGCGGCACAUUCGAAUUCAUACGGGUGAACGUCCCUGUUUGUGUCCACAUUGUCCCAAAGCAUUUAAGCAUUCUUCAACGCUAAGAAGACACCUAAAAACACAUGCUAAUGAUACAGUCGGCUUGGGGCAGGAAUCACAGGUAACCGUAAAAGAAGAGAUAACUGGAUGCUGAAGAAUCCAUAGUUGGAAGCGAUUGAAAAAUAAAGUGGAUUAGUGGAAUUCAUAAAUUUACAAAAAAUAAGUUGAAAUAACAAAAAAAGAAAGCAAAUAGCUCUGAUCGGGGUGUUGCCAUGUUUUCAAUAA